AUGUCACAUUCCUUACCAGUCACGUCCCUGCCACCUCCAGCACUUAAAAAGUUGAAGCUCCCAAAUGGAUCGGAAGAACCAUCUGAGUUCGAAAGGGAGUUGCUCGAUAUGACGCAAGCUGCCCACGAAUCUACUACAGAUCAAGCAUGGGAAAGGCCACCAUUGCCAUCAGACUUGCAAGACGACAUAUCUUUUCAACAGUUGGAUGCAGAAGAAUACCGUGAUCGGGAAAAUACCUACGCAAGGUUUUUUGGUAUCACGCAGGAAGGGCACUCUGUCUUGUGUAAUGUAACGGGGUUUAUUCAUUACUUUUACUGUCCUGUCCCCAAAGGGUUCCAAGAAAACUUGACAGAAUUCACAAACUAUUUGAGAGUUACUUUUGAUGGUAUUGAAAAGGUUGAGAUAACAUCCAAAGAAUCAAUUUGGGGGUUUAGUAAUAAUAUCAAAACUCCCUUUUUCAAGAUAUAUGUCAACAACAACAUAGCCAAAAUAAGAUCUGCUUUUCAGAAUGGAGAGGUGAAAAAUAUUGAUCCCUGUGUCACUUAUGACAACAUCAACUAUUUAUUGAGAUUGAUGAUUGAUUGCAAAAUCACAGGUAUGUCCUGGAUCACAUUGCCACAGGAUAAAUAUAAAAUAGUGAGUAAUAAAAUUUCCACAUGCCAAAUUGAAUGUUCGAUAGAUUAUCGAGAUUUAAUAUCACACCCGCCAGAAGGGGAAUGGUUGAAAAUGGCCCCACUUCGUAUUUUAUCAUUUGAUAUUGAAUGUGCUGGAAGAAAAGGUGUGUUCCCAGAAGCUGAACACGACCCUGUUAUUCAAAUUGCCAAUGUGGUGCAGAAAUCCGGUGAAUCAAAGCCUUUUGUGAGAAAUGUUUUCACUGUCAAUACGUGUUCCUCGAUCAUUGGUUCUCAGAUUUUUGAACACAAACGAGAGGAGGAUAUGUUAAUGCAUUGGAAGGAAUUCAUAAUCAAAGUGGAUCCCGAUGUCAUAAUUGGUUAUAAUACAGCAAACUUCGACAUACCAUAUGUUUUAAACAGGGCCAAAGCUUUAGGAUUGAACGAUUUCCCAUUUUUUGGGAGAUUGAAACGGGUCAAGCAAGAAAUUAAAGAUGCUGUUUUCAGUUCAAGAGCAUAUGGUACCAGGGAAAACAAAGUUGUGAAUAUUGACGGAAGAAUGCAAUUGGAUUUGCUCCAGUUUAUCCAAAGAGAAUAUAAGUUGAGAUCUUACACAUUGAAUUCUGUUUCUGCACACUUUUUGGGUGAACAAAAGGAAGAUGUCCAACACUCCAUUAUCACUGAUUUGCAAAAUGGAACAAAAGAAACAAGAAGAAGGUUGGCCGUCUAUUGUUUGAAAGAUGCCUUUUUACCGUUAAGAUUACUAGACAAACUUAUGUGUUUGGUCAACUACACUGAGAUGGCAAGAGUCACCGGGGUGCCGUUUUCAUAUUUGUUAUCUAGGGGUCAACAAAUAAAGGUCAUUUCUCAAUUGUUUAGAAAAUGUUUGCAAGAGAAUAUUGUUAUCCCCAAUUUGAAAAGUGAGGGGACAAACGAAGAGUAUGAAGGUGCAACAGUCAUUGAACCAGAACGUGGUUAUUACGAUGUGCCAAUUGCAACUUUGGAUUUUAGCUCGUUAUACCCGUCAAUCAUGAUGGCACAUAACUUGUGUUAUACUACAUUGCUCAACAAAAAUUCCAUCAAGGCAUUUGGCUUAACCGAAGAUGACUACACAAAAACACCCAACGGCGACUAUUUUGUAAAUUCUAAAUUGAGAAAAGGCAUCUUGCCAACAAUUUUAGACGAGUUGUUAACUGCCAGAAAGAAGGCUAAAGCCGAUUUAAAAAAGGAAACUGAUCCUUUCAAAAAAGAUGUUCUUAAUGGUAGACAAUUGGCAUUGAAGAUUUCGGCAAACUCGGUGUAUGGGUUCACUGGUGCCACUGUCGGGAAAUUGCCUUGUUUGGCGAUCUCUUCGUCCGUUACGGCAUUUGGACGUGAAAUGAUUGAAAAGACAAAAAAUGAAGUUCAAGAAUAUUAUUCUCGGAAAAAUGGACACCCAUAUGACGCCAAAGUGAUUUAUGGUGAUACUGAUUCUGUUAUGGUUAAAUUUGGGUACCAAGAUUUGGAAACUUGUAUGAAAUUAGGAGAAGAGGCUGCCAACUAUGUUUCCACCAAAUUUAAAAAUCCAAUCAAGUUGGAGUUUGAAAAAGUGUAUUUUCCAUAUUUGUUGAUUAAUAAGAAAAGAUAUGCUGGUUUAUACUGGACAAGACCCGAGAAAUUUGACAAAAUGGACACUAAAGGUAUUGAAACUGUGAGAAGAGAUAAUUGCCGAUUGGUACAAAAUGUGAUCACAAAAGUAUUGGAGUUUAUUCUUGAAGAACGAGAUGUCCCCAAGGCGCAAAGAUUUGUAAAGCAAACUAUAGCUGAUUUGUUGCAGAAUAGAAUUGAUUUGUCACAGUUGGUUAUCACAAAGGCGUACUCCAAACACGAUUACUCGGCUAAACAAGCGCAUGUCGAGUUAGCCGAGCGAAUGAGAAAAAGAGACCCCGGGUCGGCACCAACAUUGGGAGAUAGAGUGGCAUAUGUAAUUAUCAAAACAGGUGGUGAUAAAAAUUACGAAAAAUCGGAAGACCCUUUGUAUGUGUUGGAAAAUUCUUUACCAAUUGAUGUAAAGUAUUACUUGGACCAACAAUUGACAAAACCAUUGGAAAGAAUUUUCAUUCCAAUAUUAGGUGAAACAAAGACCAAAGAAUUAUUGACUGGAUCUCACACUAGAACUAUAAAGGUUGCUGCACCAAAAACAGGUGGGCUUUUGAAGUUUGCCAAAAAGUCCGAGGUAUGUGUUAGCUGUAGAACACCAUUGAAAAAAGACAAUCUUGGAGCCUUAUGCCCAAAUUGUAUUAAGGAUGGGAAAGGUCCAGAUCUUUAUGGAAAUGCACUUUCACAAAUGAAUUAUUUGGAAAAUAAAUUUUCAAGACUUUGGACAGAGUGCCAACGCUGUCAAGGGUCUUUGCAUCAAGAAGUUUUGUGUUCAAAUAAGGACUGUCCUAUUUUUUACAUGCGUACAAAGGCACAAAAAGACGUUCAUCAACAAGCAUUGGAAUUGGUCAAGUGGGAUAAUACUAUUUGGUAA